AUGUCUGGGAACUGGAGUCAUGCAUUCUCCUUGUCGAAGCAGCAGGUGAAAGAGGCCGAACCGCCUGGUACUGUUGUGUUGAUUGAGCACGAGAACCACGACCACAUUCACCGCUCUCCCACCCCAUCGCGAAGCGCUGCCGAUCCGUUGAACUGGCCACAAUGGCGAAAAUGGACCAUCUUGAUGAUCAUGUCCUUCUACUGUGGUGGUGCCAACUUCGCGACUGCGGCUGUCGCUCCUGCACUCCAGCUUUUGCAGUUUCAAAUGUUGCCGCCGCAGCCUUUGGGGACGCUGUCCCAUCUUGUGGCGGUUUGUGUGUUGCUCAUCGGUGUUUCGAACAUCAUCUGGGUGCCUUUGGCGAACACGUUUGGACGAAGGCCUAUACUGAUCAUUGCGAUGCUGAUUGGUGUGCUGGCGAGUGUGUGGUGUGGACUGGCAACGUCUUUUGAUAGUUUGUUGGCUGCUAGGGCGAUUCAGGGCUUUGGGUUUGGACCUGCGGAUAGUUUGGCUGCGAGUGUUAUCGGAGAAAUCUUUUUCGUGCAUGAGCGUGGUCGGGCUAUGGCCAUCUACACUAUCUUCCUGGCUGGAGGUAGCUUCGUAGGCGGACUGGGCGGAGGCUACAUCGCUGGCAUCCAGGGUUAUAAAUACAUUUUCUGGAUAUCCGCCGCCAUAAUGGGUGCCAUCUUCCUGCUGAAUCUACUCCUAGUACCGGAGACGAGCUUCGAUCGACAUGCACAGUUCCUGCGAGAGGGUGGUUCUAUCGAUGGCUCGAUCAGCGACGAGAAGGCGAAGGUUGAGAUGAUCGAAAGAGCAUUGCCAGCACAGAGCGAGACAUUCACCUUUGCCCAGAGCCUCAAGGUUGGCGUAUAUCGAGGCCAUUUGCUGAGGAAUUUUGUGGCUCCGUGGUUGACUCUCGCAUUUCCUGGCACAUGGGUCGUAAUGUUGCACUACGGCGGGCUUCUCGGUGGUCUCGUCACCAUCUCGAUCAUCGGACCUCAAUUUGUCGCCAUGCCACCGUAUCUCUGGGGCAACAACGCCGGUCUCAUCAACGUUGGUGGUCUUAUAGGCUGUGCUCUGGGCGGCAUGUUCAAUUUCGUGGUCAUCGAUCGUGUUAUGAAGCGUCAGGCGAAGAAGGAGAGCCAUGGUCUCGCUGAGCCAGAGAUUCGUCUACCGAUGAUGUUUCCAGCACUUUUCCUCGCGACGACGGGCAUGUGGACGUUUGGGUUCAGUGCAGCACAUCCAUCACCCCAUGCUUGGGCAGGUCUGUGCGUUGGAUACGCGAUGGUCGGCAUGGGUAUCACGCAGAUCCCAAGUGUCGGCUUCAAUUAUCUAAUUGAUGCCUACCGUCCUCUUGCGGCAGACUGCUUCGUGAUGACCACGAUUGCAAGAGCAGUCGUCUCUUUCGCUUGGACGUUCUUCGUCGGCGACUGGGUACAAAGUGCAGGCCCUGCCUUGCCGUUCGGCAUCUUUGGCAUGAUCAUGGGAAUCUUCUCCUUGUUGACCAUCCCACUUUGGCUCUAUGGCAAGCGCAUGCGAAUCGCCACUGCCGGUUUCCUUCCCAAAGAUGAAUAG